CUCCCGCCCUGUUCCCACUCUGCGCCGCUUCCUGCCCGUCGCACAAACACGCUCGCACACUCAGCACUUGCGGGCUUCGACCAUGUGGGUGCCGCAGUUAUAAUGAACGGACAUGUAGGGCUGGCGUUGGGCGCGGGUCUGCGGCGCUCCGUCGUCCAGCAGAGGGGUCGUGUGCUUCCGCGGGUUGGCCUAGGACUGGAGCUGGACUUGGAGCCGGGGACUUGGUCGCGGUCGCCAUGGAGGAACGGACGGACCAUCGCCUCGAGUGCGCAGAGCCCCGCGUGCUCGUCGACGGCUUUUUCUCGGUGCGCGCAAUCUUCACAUGCAAGACGCUUCUCGGCGACUUUCCCACGCCCGUCGAUAUCGCAGCCCGCAGACGUCCAGCAGAGUGUCACGCUCGCUGUGCUGUCUGCUUGGAGCAGGAGUGCCUCUACUAGAUGCACCUCACAAGCAAGAGGCAGCGCCUAUACCAGCCAGCGGAACAAGAGCUCGUCCACGAAUGGCUCGUCCAAGGAUAAGCAGGCCGCUGCUUCCCAGACUCCGCAGGCCACGCUCUCGCCUCAGCCUCAGCAACCCCCCAACCCCUCGAACCCUGCCCCAGAUACCCCGCCUGAAGCAUCGCCUGAAGCACCGCCAGCUGCCAGCAAGCACCUGCUCGACCGCCUCCCGAACGCUCUCCCACACCUUCCACACCUGUACCGCCCGAGCAAAGCAGAACUGCUCGAGGCAGCAUCAGGCUUCUUCUCGCGCAUCAAGAUACACUUCAAAUGGCUCACCAUAAGGAGCACGCGGCCCUUCAACGCCGACGAAAUCUACGCCCUCUUUUCCUGGGUGCUGGCUGCCCACGCCCUGUGGUUCGUCCUGGGUACCACGACCUUCUUCAUGCUGACUGUCUUCCUGAUCAACACUGCCUUCUCGCAGGAGACGCUUGCCAAGUGGAUCGGCAACUACCUGACCAAGUCCUCUGGCAUCAAGGUCGUCUUCGAGACUGCCGUGGUUCCCAAGUGGAAGGAUGGCGUCAUCUCGUUCCGGAGGGUGUUCGUUUCACGACGACCCGGUCAGGGUAAAGGAAAGGUCAGCAAAGGGUCACAAACCGAGAUGGCCGCCGCAGCUGCCGCUAUAACACAGCAAGAGAAGGACGUGCAAGACGGCGUCGCCGAGGAGGACACAAACUACACCCAGUUCGAAGUCUCCAUCGACACCGUCAACGUCACGCUGUCCUUCUCCAAGUGGUUCAACGGCAAGGGGCUGCUAAAAGACGUCGAGAUCAAAGGCAUUCGUGGUGUCGUGGACCGAACAUCUGUACACACAAUCGAAGGUGUGAAUCCCAGGUCCUACAAGCACGAGCACUCUGCGGGAGAUUUCGAGCUCGACUCUUUCAAGAUGGAGGACCUACUCGUGACCAUCUACCAGCCCGAUAGCUUCCGUCCAUUCGCCGUCAGCAUCUACUCCUGCGACCUCCCUCAACUGCGAAAGCAGUGGCUCUUCUACGACUUCCUAUCCGCCAACAUGAUGUCCGGAUCCUUCGACAACUCCCUCUUCACCAUCCACCCCCGCCAAACCCACAACUACACGGGCACGCAACUCAGCAGCGGCCGCGACUCGGAAGACGGCAGCACCUGGAAAAAGCACAGCCGCAUCCGCAUCGACGGGCUCAACAUCGACCACCUGAACCGCGGCUACGACGGCCCCUUCUCCUGGAUCCACGAAGGCAACGUCGACAUCGUAGCAGACAUCAUGCUCCCCAACGACGACGACGACAGCAUCGCUAAAGUCAUGUCCGACAUGUACGACCGCGUCGAAGCCACCGUCGCCCAAACAAGCCGCAAAUACCACUUCUCCGACCACGCCGCCCACGGCUUCGACCACCACGACGACGAGCACCCCGACGACCCACACCAAGAAGAAGACAAACGCUUCAUGAUCAUGGAUCUGCGCGUCCACCUCAACGACGUCCGUGCCGCUGUCCCCAUCUUCACCCGCGAUAUCUCCUACGUUAACAACGCGCUCGUCCGCCCUAUCGUCGCAUAUAUGAACUCGAAACGCACGUUCAUCCCCCUGAACUGCAGGGUCGUCAAGCGAGUCGGCGAGUUCGACGGUAGCUGGACACUUUAUGAUAGCGGGCUUAUGGAGGAAGUUUCGCGCGAGAUGUACGACGCUUUCGCCCGCGACGUGCUCGAUGAUCGCACCGUGCGCAAACGACGGAUUAAGAAAGUGGGUAUUUGGACGCUGCAACUCGCUGCUCAGGCACUGUUUUUGGGAUUGGCGGGGAAUAUCGCGUGAUCUUUCUUUCUCCUAGGCGAGGAAAGGUUUACGUAGAUGGAAGGGAGGGAGUGGAGGUUUGUAUAUAUAUCAUCAUUGCUAUUGCUACUACACAUACCUAUACCUAUACCUAUACACCUAUACACGGAAAGGCAGGGUAGAGUAAGGCGUUUGGAGUCGGAUCACCGAAUGAGGUGUGGCGAUUUGCUUGAGAGGGCGGGCGGGUUGUUUUGCGGCAUAGUUAUGUAUGAUUGUACGAGUGAAAUGAAUGGCAUGGAAUGGCAUAAGUUGAAUGGAAUGAAAUGAAA